CGCGGCUGGUCGCGGGGGCGGGAGGGUCAUGUCGCCGUGAAGUGGGAGGAAGGGGGGGUCCGCCCCGAGCAGCAGCCAUGCCGCGCGGGCUGUCCUCGGCCACCUUCAUGAAGCCCUUCGUGGUGCUGGCUCUGCCGGGCAUGUACCUGUUCUACAAGUACAACCAGUACCGGCGGCGGCAGCAGGAGCAGGACCGGCGCAAGGUGACGGAGCGAGAGCUGGCGCACCUCAACCACAAGAUCGACAAGCUGUUGAACAAGUUGGAGGAGAACGAGCCAGAGCUGGCAACGUCGCAGGAAGAUGAGUGCGUGAUCUGCGUGAACGCCAAGGCGACGAUGCAGACAUCGCCGUGCGGGCACCGGGUCGUGUGCCGCAAAUGCUUCGUGAAGACGAUCCAGAUGGCGGUGUCGCAGCGCCUGCUGCCCCUGCGCUGCGUCAUCUGCCGGGCCAAGAUCCUCCGGCUGAAGCAGAGCGGAGGCGGCGCACCCGUGCUGCUUCACCAGUCCGCCUCGCAGUACGCCGUCAAGUCGUGGGCGGUGCCCAGCUCCGCCUCCAGCUACUCGGUGGGCGCGGCGGGCAAGUGGGCGGUGCCCAGCUCCGCCUCUCAGUACUCCAUGGGCAGCGUGCCGCCCUCCGCCUCGCUCUACUCCAUGAGCUCUGGCUCCUCGUCGCUCUCAGGCGUGUCUUCCGUCAGCUCGGCCACCAGCUGCAGCCAGGCCUCGGGCAAGUCGCGCUGCGCUGGGGGGUCCCGCCUCGGCUGCCCGCGCCAGCCCACGGGGUCCCUGCGCCGCUCCCAGGCGCAGGCCAUGAAGCUGCGGCUGCAGGAGUACAAGGAGCCGGUGCGCAGCUGCAGAGACCCGCCGCCGGAGAAGCCCCGCCUGCCGCCCAUCAAGGAGUUCCAGCGGGAGUUCCGCGCGGGCAAGGAGCGCACCAGCUCGUCCUCCUCCACCAGGAUACGAUGCGCGCAGAAGAUAGUGACCCAGUUGGAAACCACGUCGCCCCUGCAGAAGCCCACCACUUCAUCCAGCUACUUCCGGUCGCCUCUGAAGCCGGUCAACAAGGACGAGAAGAGGAAAGGAGACAAGCGUAAGGAAGAAAAGAAGGAAGAGAAGGAGCAGCUCAUCGAGAAGAAGAAAGAAGAAAAACAGAACAAGAAGCUGGAGAAGAAGGAAGCAAAGAAAGAGGCAAAAGCCGAGAAGAAGGAAGAGAAGAAGGAUGCCAAAAUAGAGAAGAAAGAAAGCAAGGCUGAGAAGAAGGAAGCGAAAAAAGAAGCGAAAGCUGAAAGGAAGGAAAGCAAAAAGGAGGCAAAAGCUGAAAAGAAAAAGGAGAAAAAAGAAGCAAAAGCAGAAAAGAAAGAUUAAGAACAAGUUGUUAUGAAACCCAAGAGUGAAAACUCUGAGAGUUACUAUUUCAAAAAUUGUACAUAUGUGGAUAGGAUGGUCUGUAACAGUAACCGAUAUAAAUAGAAUAGCGCAAAUGGUUUGUCAUAAAUCACUCAUCGGUGUGCGUUAACCUGUGGAAUGACACAGUGGACAGCGAACUAUGCGACAAGAGUAAUUUUGUACGAACGGCACUCAUUCCUCAUCUCACAUAUGAUCACAGGUUUGUCUGUUUCCUUUUGCAUGCAAUUUGUCCUCCAGAGAUUUACAUACCUUGCAUAAUUUGUGACUGGGUUGACUCGUUUGAAAUAUACAUGUACACACACAGCUUAUAUGCCAGACAAUUCACUACCCACAUUUUUAUACAUUCCUGUAAGUCCAAAGACUACUUUGAUUAUUACAUUUGAGUAAUUUUCAUCAAACCGUGCACAAGUACGAAACUGUGUUAAAGUUGUUUACGUGCUGGCUGUUAUAAAAAAAACUUUUUCAGUUUUUUUUUUUUUAAAAAAACUAUUACCAUUUGGACAACAAUUGUGGACUGGUGUAAUAUUUAAGAAGGUUGAAGUUUUUCCCAUGAAAUGUUCAUUCAUUUUCUCAUUUUGGUUACCUGAUAACAAUAAUCUGUCUUAAUCGAGGUAUAAAAUCAUGAGAAGACAGCGAUGUGUGAGGGGAGGGGGGGAGUCCAAUUCAUAAACAAUUGGUUACAAAAGCUGGUAGUUAGACAGGUGUACCUGUUGUUUCACUGGUUAGAAGCAGGGUCGUCAAGAGGCAAAUGACAUUGUCGGAUCCCCUCCCUGUUAUUUAACAUACAUCUUUUCCAUAUCCAUAAUUUUAAAAUCGUCUAUAACAAUCAAAUAAAUGUUACUGUGGCCAUAACUGUAAAUGUUAUCUGCGUGAAUUAUAUUAAUCUCGAAAAUCAGCCAAGAGGUCUGGCUCCUGGGUCCCCCCCCCCCCCCCCUCC